AUGAAGCAGAAUUUACAGAAUCAGCCAGAGCACAUCAACCAGACAGAUAUGCCUGAGUUCAUGCUCCACUUGAAAGCAUUAACCAAACAGAAGGACAUCAAUAACUGUGCUACCACCAGAACUCAAGUGACUGAGGAAAGGAAAGCAAAGUGUCUACCCAAGGACUUGAAAUCUCGCCUGUUUUCCAUAUUGCUGAACUCUGAAUCUCAACAUCCAACGAUAAGUUUUCUAUCCAACAUGUCAGGAAAACUGGAUCUGUCCCUGGGGAUCACACUUGAAGAAGCAACACAAUGGUCUAAGUCUUUGGAUAUUCUCCUUGCUCAUCCAUGUGGUCUUGCAGCUUUCAGGGCAUUCCUCAAGUCAGAGUUCAGUGAGGAGAACAUUGAUUUCUGGUUGGUCUGUGAGGACUACAAGAAAACCAAAUCCACAGAUAAACUGGGUUCCAAGGCACAACAUAUUUACAGAGAGUUCAUUCGAAGUGAUGCUCCAAAGCAAGUCAACAUUGAUGGCACCAUGAGAGAUUUGCUCAGCCGGAGUGUUUUAGUGCCAACUCCAGGCUGUUUUGAGGGAGCCCAGAGAAUUAUCUUCAGUUUGAUGGAGAAAGACUCCUACCCCAGGUUUCUAAAAUCAGAUGCCUACACAAACCUAAUAAACAAGAUACAAGCCAGCAACAAUAAUAGAUAAAUGAAGAGUUUUCACCAACAGUAAGAUGAUGAAAACGUGGAUGGUCAAGACUGUAUUUCUCAUAUUUGUGUGCACUGCGGCCCUGCAUUGAACUAGAGGGAGAGAAAAUCUGCCAAGAAGCAGGAAAAGAAUAAAUAAUUAUUGUGACACAGUUAAAUUCUUUCAGAAGAAGGGCAAGGAGUACUGCCCAGCUUCAGGGACAAAUACAUUUCCACGUGCUGUGCCAUUUGUGUAUAACUGUGAGGCUUCUCUCCAAGACCAGGACCAUUUACUUUUCUUUCUUCAAAAGAAUUACAAGGAGAACGUAUGCCAAAUUUGAUUCAGUAGAGGAACAGUAAAAUAUGAACUUACCUUCCUCGGUCAUGUUUUUAGAAUGAACUGGAAAAUAUUUCAUCCAACUGUUGCAUACAAGCCAUGUGAAACAGUUUAGGCCUGGAUUGCUUUGCACUAUGCUUCAUCACAAAUUACGUAAUUACAUAUGAUGAUAAAAGUAUUUAUUUAUUAUUUCCAUUUCUUUUCUAAUUUUAAGUGAAUAAUUAAGAUCAAUGUCAUAGGAUCACAGUUUCUUUUUAAAUAUGCUUCUUUCAAUAAUGGUAGAGCCUGACCUCGGACCAUCGCAAGCAUUUAGGUGACUUGUUAGUGAGAGGUUAAGUGUGGGAGAGCUGAGAGCAGUUAACGCAAUUAUGACAUCAAUUACGAUAUCUCCACUGUUACCUCACUAACCAUCAUCCUGCAAGUUAUUUUCUGCAGGGACAAUCCUGACCCACUCAUGAGAGUCAGUCUGAAUGAACAGUUAUUGUAAUACCCUUAAUGAAGCUGGAUUAUAAUCAUUUACUCAUAAAGCAAAACUCCUUAUGAGAAAUAUCAUUGAUGGAGUCAUCAUAGCAGUAACAUGCUGUAGGAUGCCAGGGGAUUAUCAUUAGAAAAAUCCUCCUAACUCACUAAAGAACAGGUGACCAACCAGUUGUUCAAAGGUACUUACAUCUACCUGUCUGCCUGCCUUCUAUAUAUUUGAAUGAUUUCCUAUUGACAAUUGUAUUAGUCAUUCCGUGACAUCACCUGCAGCACAGAGCAUUAUGAUGAGGGAUAGUGAACAGUUUGAAGGAUACCUAUUGUUUAAGGUAAUAACACAUGCUUUUGGAUCACACCACUUGUCCGGCAAAGAAAUCAUAUUCACCAAUUUUCCUGCAACGUUAUCAAAACUUACUUUAUUUAAUUGGCUACACUUCUUCUGUUCGAUCCUGACAUUUUAUUCAGUCUGACUAGUGAUGCUAAUAACUAUAAAAGGGCAAUAAAACAUAUCCUGCAGUAAUUAAACUGACAGGAGAAUUCACAUCUUUUUCAGCUUGAUUGCAUUAACAUGUAGUGAAGUAUAUUGUUCAGUCGGAGAACAGAGUUAACCAUUUGCUCAAGGCCUUCGAUGUGUUCAGAUAAUGUUAACAAGCAGCUCGGCGGCUUUUUAUAACUUGGGCCCUUCCCAGACAUUAUGGCUGUAAACCAUCCACACUAAAGAAUAAAUGGGUACUCAGCCCGAAAGGUUGACUGCUUACUCUUUCCUAUCGAUGCUGCCUGACCUGCUGAGUUCCUCCAGCAUUCUGAAUGUGUUACUAAACACUCAUAGGCCAUGAACAUAGUAGACAGAUAUGAGAAAAAUAGUCAAAGAAGUAAUGUAAUUAAAAUAAAUAAUGUUCAUAAUAUGUUUUACUGUGCUCUACAUUUGUCUGUUGACUAAUUAUGCAGAAUAUUAAAUGAA